AUUCGUGUUUGUGCAAGUUGCAGAGGUGUGCCAUUAGACGAGAAGGUGAAGAUGUUGGAGCUUAGGCUGGUGCAGGGGAGUCUACUGAAGAAGGUGCUUGAGGCCAUUAAGGACCUCGUCACCGAUGCCAAUUUCGACUGCUCAACCACUGGCUUCUCCCUCCAGGCCAUGGACUCCAGCCACGUGGCACUCGUCGCCCUUCUCCUGCGAUCCGAAGGCUUCGAGCAUUUCCGCUGCGAUCGCAACAUGUCCAUGGGCAUGAAUCUCAACAACAUGGCCAAAAUGCUCAAGUGUGCCGGCAAUGACGAUAUCAUAACCCUUAAGGCUGAUGAUGGCGGCGACACCGUUACCUUCAUGUUUGAGAGCCCUAAUCAAGACAAGAUUUCAGAUUUUGAAAUGAAGUUGAUGGACAUAGACAGUGAGCAUCUGGGCAUCCCAGAAUCAGAGUACCAUGCAAUUGUGAGAAUGCCAUCUCAGGAGUUUGCUCGCAUUUGUAAAGAUCUUAGCAGUAUUGGGGACACUGUGGUGAUUUCUGUAACAAAGGAAGGGGUCAAGUUUUCAACAAGGGGGGAUAUUGGCAGUGCUAACAUUGUUUGCAGGCAGAACACCUCUGUUGAUAAGCCAGAGGAGGCAACUAUUAUUGAGAUGCAGGAGCCAGUUUCAUUAACAUUUGCUCUGAGAUAUAUGAACUCCUUUACAAAGGCAACUCCCCUUUCUAAUACUGUAACUAUAAGCAUGUCAUCUGAAUUGCCUGUAGUUGUCGAAUAUAAGAUAGCAGAUAUGGGUUACAUCAGGUUCUAUUUGGCUCCCAAGAUUGAGGAGGAAGAAGAAAUGGCUGGGAGUUAAGUUUGUGUUACAUAUGACCGGUUAAGUGUUUGUAGGCCUUGUAACUUUUGUUGUUUUAAAAUUGGUUUAAUUGAAAGAUGUUUUCACUUUUUCUAUAAA